AUGCUAAUCCCAUUCUCCAUGAAGAAUUGCUUCCAGUUACUUUGUAAUCUCAAGGUCCCAGCAGCUGGCUUUAAAAACACAGUUAAAAGUGGACUCAUUUUACAGUCGAUUUCCAAUGAUGUUUACCACAAUCUGGCUGUGGAAGACUGGAUCCAUGACCACAUGAACUUAGAAGGCAAGCCGGUCCUUUUCUUGUGGAGGAAUUCUCCCUCUGUGGUAAUUGGUCGGCAUCAGAACCCUUGGCAGGAAUGUAACCUGAAUCUGAUGAGAGAAGAAGGUGUGAAACUGGCUCGGAGGAGAAGUGGAGGAGGCACAGUCUACCAUGAUAUGGGUAACAUCAACUUGACUUUUUUUACAACCAAGAAAAAGUAUGAUAGGAUGGAGAAUCUAGAAUUAGUUGUGAGAGCCCUGAAGGCUGUCCAGCCACACCUGGAUGUGCAGGCUACUGAAAGAUUUGACCUUUUACUUGACGGACAGUUUAAAAUCUCAGGAACAGCUUCCAAGAUUGGCCGCAAUGCAGCUUAUCACCAUUGCACUUUGCUAUGCAGUACUGAUGGGACCUUCUUAUCAUCUUUGCUGAAGAGCCCCUACCAAGGGAUCAGGAGCAAUGCCACUGCCAGCACACCUGCCUUAGUAAGAAACCUUAUGGAAAAAGAUCCCACUCUGACCUGUGAAGUAGUGAUAAAUGCUGUUGCCACAGAGUAUGCUGCUUCUCAUCAAAUCGAUAAUCACAUUCACCUAAUAAACCCAACAGACGAGACAGUGUUUCCUGGAAUAAACAGCAAAGCCAGAGAACUACAGACCUGGGAAUGGAUAUAUGGCAAAACUCCGAAGUUCAGUGUAGACACUUCCUUCACUGUGUUACAUGAACAGUCACACUUGGAAAUUAAAGUAUUCAUCGAUGUCAAGAAUGGGAGAAUUGAAGUCUGUAAUAUUGAAGCACCUGAUCAUUGGUUGCCACUGGAAAUAUGUGACCAGUUAAAUUCAAGUUUUAUUGGUAGUAAGUUUUGCCCAAUUGAAACGACAGUGCUAACAAGUAUAUUACAUAGAACAUAUCCAGGCGAUGAUGAACUACACAGUAAAUGGAAUAUUCUGUGUGAAAAAAUUAAGGGAAUAAUGUGA